CUCAUGCUCUGUGUGCUGAUUGCUGCCGCGGAAAAUCCCACAGCCAGCCGUGAUCGUCAUCGUCGAUUCCAUGCUGGGCUCUGAUUAGCCUAGCGUAGAGGCUUGAGACACUUGAACCUCGAGCUGGCGACGUCUGCGCUCUUCGGCCCUACUAAUAACAUGCCCGCGGACUGACAGAGUCGCGGCUGCUGGCUGGCUCUUGCCCAGAUAGCGACAGUGGCAGACGGCCUUUCUAUGUCUAAGCAGCCGAAGUCAAUAUUCACCGGAGCAACACCUUCAUCGAGGAGUCCUGACGACCGCCGCCUCAGCACGCCCGAAUAUCACGAGGCCUUGAACCCACCGCCAGAGGGCCCGCGCCCUCCCCCGCUCGUCGAGCAGCCCUCCAGUGCACUUUUCCCGCCACCUGAACGCCCGUGGUCGCUGAAGAACCCGCUCGACAUCUUCACCACCGCCCCGCAGCCCUCCUCUGCGCCCUUGUCUGGUGGUGAGGCAUUCAAGGCCCCGCAGCACGUAACAACGCCGCCCGCCGUCUUCGGUAUCAAGCGACCAGCGCCACGCACACGUGACGACGCGCCUACGACCGAGCGUCUGCACAAGCGACGUCGACUCCACGCUCGCGCACGUCACUCGCUCGACCUCUUCAACUGCGCCAGUAGUCGACCACUGCGCUUUGACGGACAGCCACCGUCUCCGCUGUUCUUUUCCUCCAGGCGCGCACGCCCGCUCUUGCCUGCGCGGUUUUCCAGCUCAGAGGCUGCUGCGAGGAUGCUGAGCAAGACACAGGGCGAGGAUGGCGGCAUAAAGACAGUGACAUUGGCUCGGGGCACCUUCAGUGGUCUGAGCCCACCUGCUACGACAGGUGUGACCAGCGGGAGGAGUUCCGAGCCGUCUGGCAUGCCACGCAUAUCCUCGCCUGAUGUGCGCGACCGUAACGACCCUCUCAAGCUCCUAGGGUCGGUCGGUGUGGUUGAACUGCUGGAAUACGACACAAGACCUACUUUCAUCGUCGACAUUGGCGACUACGCCAACUACGCGCCCGACAGACCUGCGUUACAGAUACUAUUUGCCAACAAUGCCUUACGCGCGAACGCAUCGUUAUGGGAAACUGUUACUGGGAAGCCGCCGGGGCGGCCUGCAGACGAAGCCUCAUCACACGCUAGCAAUCAAUUUCGUGGAUGGCUGUUGAGCACUGCAUCACAGGGAGACGAGUGGGACGCAAAUCCUACACCGGUCGAGCACGGCGGUAUCGUAUGGUCUUGCUAUACACUAAGAAGACGUUUACGAAUAGUUUCUGGAGCAACACCAUCCAUUACCACAGCCGAAAUACCGUCUACGAGUGCGUCAGUCGAGUUUGCCAUUCCCUCAGCAUCUUCAGUGGGCCACCUUUCAGGGCGGAGCUUGGAUACUGCAGCAUCGCCAAAUCAAGUCAGUGAGCGACACGACUACUUUGGCCCACCGGUAACACAGGAGAACAAAGAACCGAACUCGCUGAGCAUUAUGACACAUAAUCACAUGAACAACACAAUGACCAAUGCUUCUAGCAAUGAUAGUGGGCCAAGAUCACAUCCCAAACACCUUACUUUAUCCUCAAUAGAGGACUCGUCCUUUACGAAUGAGUGCGUUCUCAGGGCUCACAGUGCAGGCGACGUUGACUCCUUCCAUAGAGAACCAAAAGCAUCCCAGGACCACGAUAUGGGCUUCUUCGACUGGACUAGGCUAGCAUUGUCGCCUUCUCUACCGAGACACAUCCAAUUCGCACGCUCGAUAGACUGGGCGUCGACAGCACUAGGUCCCAUUGAGUUCUGGUCGAAUGAUCUUAGGGCUAUGUGCAAUCUGAUCAUGGCGAGUCCUCACCCAGCUGCCAUGUACUGGGGAGAGGAGCUCGUCGCUAUCUACAACGAGGCAUAUAUUGGACUGGCUGGCCAGAAACACCCUACCCUGAUGGGACAGAGCUACAAAGUCGCUUGGGCAGAGAUCUGGGACGAAGUUAAGGACGUCUUCCAGAACGCUCGCCUUACUGGUCAGGCCACGAUGAAGGACGACGAUUGCUUAUUCAUGAAGCGUAGUGGCUUUUUGGAGGAGACAUACUUUUCGUGGUCCAUCAUCCCUAUGGUUGGAGAAGAUGGAACCGUAAUGGGAUUGUACAAUCCAGCUUUCGAGAAAACUAGGAGAAAGAUUGCAGAACGGCGAAUGCUCACUCUUCGAGAGGUUGGCGAACGGACAGCAACAGCGAGAGACGUCAAAGGCUUCUGGGAUCAAGUCCUAAUUGCGUUGACUGAGAACGAGUUUGACACACCUUUCGUGAUGCUCUACUCGGUGUCCGACGAAAGCGACAGCGACUCUUCAUCUCUGCACUCGAGCAGUCUACUGGCCGCCAAGCACUGUUUCCUGGAAGGAUCUCUCGGUGUACCAGGUGGACAUCAAGCUGCUCCUGACCAAAUCGAUUUGAAGGAAGGCCACGAAGGUUUUGGUCCCGUCUUCCGCGAAGUUAUGAAGACCGACAAGCCUGCCGUCAUCAGCAUUGGGUCAGGCGACCUACCUUCAUCGAUGAUGGACGGUCUCGAGUGGCGCGGUUUCGGCGAUGCCUGCCGAGAUGUCGUGGUCUGCCCUAUCCACCCCACCACGGGCGAAACGAUCCUGGGAUUCCUGGUCAUGGGUGUCAAUCCACGCAGGCCAUACGAUGACGACUACAAUCUGUUUGUUCAACUCCUCAGUCGACAACUCGCGACUUCCCUGGCUUCAGUAGUCUUGUUCGAGGAGGAAAUCAGAAGAGGCCAGAAAGCUGCGAAGCUGGCAGCAGAGGAUCGGUACAACCUGUCCACACAGCUGGCAGCACGCACACAAGAAGCUCGAGAGAAUGAGCUCAGAUUUACGAGAAUGGCGGAGUACUCACCUGCAGGCCUUUUCAUCGCCGAUCACGCAGGACGGAUUACUUACUGCAACGACACAUGGUUCGAAAUUUCCCGUGUCCCAAAAGAACGGAACAAGACGGAUAGAUGGAUAGAUUACGUGAAAGAGGAGGAUCAGAGCCUAAUCCAGGAGCACUGGAAGCGCCUUGUUGAGAACACCGCACCGAUCAACGUCGAAUUCAGGUUCAAGGCACCAUGGGAAGACCGCAACAACAAUGCGACCAGUGAUACCUGGGUACUUUUCAGUGCCUUCCCAGAGAAAGAUGAAAGCGGGCAGCUGAAGAGUGUCUUUGGAAGCAUCACAAACAUCAGCCCUCAGAAGUGGGCCGAAGGCUUCCAGAAACGAAAGAUGGAGGAAGCUGUCGAGCUCAAGAGGCAGCAAGAGAACUUCAUCGAUAUCACGAGUCACGAGAUGCGAAACCCGCUAAGCGCCAUUCUGCAAUGCGCUGAUGAGAUUUCAACAAUUCUCGGCGAUUUCAGGCAAUCCGGUCUACAAAACAUCGAACCUGGGAUAGUGGCCGACUCGAUUGAUGCGGCACAGACAAUUGCUUUAUGCGCGCAGCAUCAGAAGCGAAUUGUCGAUGAUGUCCUGACACUGUCAAAACUCGACAGCGCGAUGCUGAUGGUGACUCCGGUGGAUGCACAGCCUCUACAGGUCAUCCAGCGUGCUCUCAAGAUGUUCGAGGGUGAAGUGCAGACGGCCGGAAUCCAGAUGGAGUUCGUUCUGAGCGAGUCUUUCAAGAAGUUGAACAUUGACUGGGUUAAGAUCGAUCCGUCUCGUGUGCUUCAAGUUCUGAUCAAUCUGACCACCAACGCCAUCAAGUUCACAUCGACCGAGGAGACGCGUACGAUCACCGUCGUUCUCGCCGCUUCUACCAGUCGCCCAUCGGCAAGCAAGUCACCCGCCGUCAGCUACUUCCCCAUGAAGUCGAAGCGCAUUGAUCAGACCCUUGGUCCAGACUGGGGCGACGGUGAAGAGAUCUUCCUCGAAUUCCUUGUCCAAGACACAGGGCGAGGUCUUAGUGCCGGAGAGCUCAAGCUCCUCUUCCAGCGCUUCUCCCAGGCCAGUCCACGCACACACGUGCAGUAUGGUGGAUCAGGUCUUGGUCUUUUCAUCUCUCGUGAGCUGACAGAACUACAAGGUGGCGAAAUUGGAGUGUCGUCCCAGGCUGGCAAGGGCAGCACAUUUGCAUUUUACGUUAAAGGCCGCAGAAGCUCAGAGCCCAAGGAAGUCAUCGACAGCGUCCCUGCCGCAGUAACGUUGUCUAGGAAAGUGUCGAACGCGCCAGAGAAGGGCCGCCCUGGGGCACCGAAGAUCAAGGACUUCGCUACUCAAGCGACAGCACCAGCACCGCUAAAGGAGCUUGACAAGCCAAAACGACCGUACGCGCACCUUCGCGUGCUGAUCGUCGAAGACAAUCUCGUCAACCAAAAAGUCCUCCAACGCCAGCUUACAAAUCGUGGCAUAACAACCACCGUUGCCAACCACGGCGGCGAAGCCAUCGCCCUCCUGUCCAGUUCCUCCUACCACUCAUCCUCCGGCCCCAACGCGCCCGACCUGGGCGUCGUGCUAAUGGACAAAGAGAUGCCCGUCAUGGACGGGCUGGCCUGCACAUCCAAGGUCCGGGAGAUGGAGCGCAAAGGCGAGUUGAGGCGACAUGUGCCGAUCAUCGCAGUCACGGCGAAUGCAAGGAGUGAGCAGAUUGCGACGCUGCUGGCGGCGGGUAUGGAUGAUGUCGUCUCUAAGCCGUUCAGGAUUGGCGAGCUGGUGCCGAAGAUCGAGGAGCUGAAUGCGAGAUACUGCGAGAAGAGUGAGAGAGAGGUGCUGCAGAAGAAGACGCUGCAGGUCAACGACAGCGGGGUCGGCUUCACGGUGUCUAGCAAGUCUACGAGGAAGUAGAGUGGCGGGCAUGGCUUCCAUAUGCAAGAAAGAGGCUUUUUGGUUAGGCUUCAUGCGACAUGCACGGUGUUCUGGCGUCUGAUAUGCAGGCAGUUAGAGGUGGCUGCGAGUUGUUCUUGCUUAUGCGCAUUUGAGAUGACUGGGUCCGGAAAAGGAAAUCAAGGAUUGGUAUGGCUCUGGGCAUUUUGAGGUAAUACCCUAUGGUCAUUCUGCAUUCUUAUUUAGGGUAUAGGCUAUUAGUUACGCAUUGUAAUGUCACCCAGCGUGGUGUGCGCCGAGGUAGGGGCUGGGUAUCAUGCAACGUCAAAAACACGUUGCUGCGACGAGAAGAGAUUGAGAAAUGUACGGUUUGGUGAAACAUGACGAGUACACCCAAAAAGAGCCGCCGAAGGAAAUGAGAACGCUGGAAAUGGUCGUGAAUUAUAAGAUGUCC